AUGUUCAUCACCCUGUACGCGCCAAAGGCCCAACCCAUUCCUCAGAUUGUGGCUGAUAUCGUGGAGGGCCUAGGGAGGUUGGGUUGGGUUAUAUCGUGGGGUUGGGAGAUGCCGGCGGCUGCGUCGUCGCAACCUGCGAAUUAUCUUCGUUCACCAAACUCGCAUCGAUCGUACGUCAACACUAAGAAGAAGACCAAGAGAGUAUUGUGGGACUUUGAAAAGUUGUCCCUCUGGCUGUGCUGGUAG